AUGCUAUUAAGUUUCUUAGAUUCAAAUGGCUCUAACAUCAUGUUGAAUAUUUGUUAUUCUAGGAUUACCUUCAAUUUAAUUCCAAAAAUAUUUGAAGUUAAUCAACUUCCUGAUUAUACUCAAGUAUUAGGUUUCUUAAUCCAAUAAGGAGGGCUUUAAAAUUUCAUCUUUAUGUAUAGAAUAUAUUAAAAGAACUAAGUAGAAAAUUUUUGCCUAACAAUCAUAAGAAAAUUCUAUUACCAAACUACCUUGACUGUAUGUUAUACCAGAAUUAAUCCCGAUAAACAGUCCAUCAUCUCUCAAGAUCCAACUUUAGCUCUCUAAUAAAUCUUGGAAGCCUUUACAUUUAAAAGAUCAAAAAUGAAAAUAAUUAUACAAAUAGCUCAAACUCUUCAGCAAUUUCUGAAAGAGUUUGGAUCUUUUGAAAAUUUAAAUUUUAGGGGUCCUAUUCACCUACCAGAAGAAGAAAAUACAGUCAAAAAUAACUAAUUAAAAAUGGCACUACUGUAAAUAAUUCUUGAAAUAUAAUCUUAAAUUAUGUAAAACCUUUGGAUGAACGUUUCAUCUCAUUGCGAGCUUAAUGUGUAUUAAGUAAUAUUAAUUGAAAUUAAUAUUUUGGUAUAAUGA